CUACAUAUGCUGGAGGGCAAUGACAUCUCCACUCCCUUCAACCUCCUUGCUGCAACAUUCACAACCUAUACUGCACACCAAAUAAAAACAUUGGUAGAACUAUACUCAUAAAGAUUAAAUACGUAGUUACACUUAAUGCACCAACCAAAUCACGCAAUUUUCAGCCACCAUACUCGACCACAUAUUGUAACUGCUUUGAUUACAUUAGUCAGUUAGGCGACAUUCUCACAAGUCUUAGUGAUCAAUUCAUUGCUUAUUACACCAGGAAAAUCAUUAGGGAAUGCAUGGGCCUGUACAGGACAAAAAAAAAUUAGGUCAUCUAUAAGCUACAGUAGUAGGCUUCACACUUGUGAUUGGACGGCAAUAUGUUGCAUGGAGGUAAAUGAUGUCUGAAGAAAAUUGAGAACCAUGUUCACUGACAUCCUUGGCGAUAUUACACUGGUUAAAGAGGUUAGUAUUAAAUGAAGAUCUGAACCCUACUUGUUUGCCCUCGAUACAGGCAAUCAGGCAUGUAGCGGCACUAAAUGAAUUUCACAGGGAAAGGAACAGAGUGCAGAGGCUUAUAAAAGGAGCAAAGGUAAUUGUUUUUUUUUUUUGGGGGGGGGAGGGUCUAGGACUUACUAGUAGAACCCUACCUUUGCUGGGGUAAAUACCCAUGUAGCAGGAAGCUGUAUGACCCUUGUGGGUUAAGCGCUUUAUUUAAUUGUAAUAGCAAUAAUAAUAAUAUGUAGCAGGAAAUGACUGUUAUUGGUAAUACCUAGUUAUAGUGAGCUGUUGGGGGCACAUUUGGCUUGAUUCGGGCAUAAGAACUGAUCAUUUGUGGGGAGGACCAGUGUGUUACCCUUACAUUUCAACAGAAAUAGGUUUACUUGUAAUUACAACACAAUUACGUAUUUUAUUGUAAUAAUUAUAUUGUAAUAGCAAUAAAGGUGUAAUGUUAAGUUAAAAGAGUUAAAGUGCUAUGGGAGAAAAACAAGAAUAUUAAUGCAUUAACUGAAAAUUAUUGCUCAUGACGAUGCUUUUUUGUCAACAUUUGUUGUGUGAGAGAGAGUAAGACAGGCUUGGUCACCUGCACUCUGGAAGAAGCCUGGCUGGGAGGAGCGCCUAUUCUGUUUUUGGGUAAAAUAUGCGUUGCCUAAGAGAUAUCCUCAGAGGAAGACGAGAUAAAAUAAUUCUGCAAUGGUAGAUAGUGUUCUUUCAUGCAAGUCAUGGUUGAUGGUUCGCUGGGAGGAACAAUCUUCUCAUCUACUGAAUGCCAUGCAGUGCAUGGGCAUGAAUCACAAUGCUGGUCCUCAACCUGAAGUUCAUAUAAAAUUUGGGGAGAAGGAAAUGACUGUACAUGCUACCUUGCUGGCAGCUCUUAGUUCUUCAUGGAGGACUUAUCUUCAUACAUGCAAAUACCAGGAUACAAGAAUUAUUCAUCACAUUCUGCUAGAUUUCCAAGCAUCACCAGAACUAAUUUCGUCUGUGAAAUCACUAAUGUAUUGUGGAUCAGCUUCAUCAGGUGCUCAGUUGUCAGAGCAAAUAGUGACUGUGGCAAGAGCAUUGAAGCUUGACUUUAUAGAACUUAUGUACUCAUGUUUUAACAAUAAGAUUUAUACAGUCUGUUGGAAAGGAUAUCUCGAAAGGUUAAUCAGAACAUUUCAGUUCAUGUGUACUAACCAGCUUUGUACCGACGUAUCAGUUCUUGUAGAUGGUCACGUUAUCAAAGCUCACAAACUUAUUCUCAGUGCCUGCAGUUCAGUACUAAGAGAUACUUUUCAGGAAAAUGAUAAUAUUAGAAUAAUGCACAUGCCUAAUAUAGGAUUAACAAAUGCUCAAGGCCUGAUUGCUUAUAUGUAUUAUGGUGAAGCAUCUCUGAUGGAGUGCCAUCUUAUGGCUUUUUAUAAACUAUGCUCAUUACUAGAGGUUGAGUCUCUCGUGGAAGCCACUAAGAACUAUGUCCAACAGGAAUCUGUAAAAAACAACACAGCACAAAAUGAAUAUUUGAAGCUACAAUCAAACAUGAAGUCCCCUGCAAAAAGUAUUUGGAACAGACUAUGCCAGCUUUAUAAUGGGGGGGAGAAAGCAGAUGUUACAUUUCUUGUUGAGAAGAAGAGAAUACUAGCACACAAAGCUCUUCUCUGUGCUGCAUCCCCAGUAAUUCAUAAUGUUGUUGUUCAAGAGCCGACGCUUGACCAUUCUUUGAUCUUGGUAACUGAUAUGGAUCAUAGAUCUUUAAGAGGUCUCUUGGAUGUAAUAUAUUAUGGAUCCUGUACUGUGAAAUGUGGAUAUAGUGCAGUUGUUUCUUCAUAUUUAGAUAAAUGCAUGUUUAUUAUAGAACCCUAUGAACAUGAAACUUUGGAAGAUUAUGUAGCAAAUCAUUCAUUAAAUAGAGAGAAACCAAAGCCCCUGGUAACAUCACUGAAGCACAAAUCAAAGGAAAAAACAAAGAUUCCUGAUUUAAAUGAUAUAAAUGUGCCUAUUAAUAACAUGGCUAAAGUGUCAGCAGGAAAAGCUGAUGUUAUUGCAGAAAAAUCAAGUUCUUGGACAGACAUUAGGACAAGUCAUAGUGAAGCACUUCAAAGUAUCAGAUUUCAGAAGGAAGAUAACAUUGAAGAGCACUAUUAUACACUACCAGAGCAGAAUAACCCAAAAGCUGCAUACAUGACUGGAAUGAAACUCAGUACUGAAAAUUGUGAUGCAAGUGGUGUUCCCUCCUUUUCAGAAAAAAUGGAAACUGGAGUACAUUUAAGAACAGACUUGAGGACAAAUUCUCCCAAGUGCAAUUUAGCAUUUUCUACGUUUUCACUCAUUAAAAAACAAGCUUCAACUUUUGAAAGAAGUGAAAAAUUACAAAAUCCACUUACCAAAGAUACAAGUAGCAGUGGUACAACUGCUGCUGUUGCUGGGAAGCAAAUAAAGAAAUCUCUACAAAAAAUAAAGUUGUAUAGCUGUACAAACUGCCUAAAGAUAUUCUCAUCACAGAUUCUUCUGAACCUCCACUUUUGUCAUGAAGCUUCUAUAAAAAACUUACCAAAGAGCUGUGGACUGGGUGAAAAGACAUUUGAAAGAAUCGAUGACCUAGGAGACCAUGUAAAUACACAUUCAGGGAAUGAUCAUAAUAAAAAUGAAGACUGCAGCAAAUCGGUUUUACAGGAAGAAAUGAUAUACAAAAAAAAGAAAAUACCUGUAUUGUUUUGUGAGUUUUGUGGGAAGCCUUGUUCUCCUAGAGGUAUGUUGAUCCAUGUGAAAACUCACUUGAAAGAAUCCAAGUGUCCACAUUGCAUAAAAAGUUUUUUACUGGAAGAUGAUCUGGAUCAUCGCAUCAAAGUGAAACAUAGCAGAGUAGUGCAAGAAGACUACAAGUGCUCACAGUUUUCAGACAGUGAAACACUGGAAGCUGCAAAUUGUAAUCUUAAGAUGAAUGCCUUAUCCUAUAACAAGAGUAUUUCCUGCCCAGACUGUGGGAGAAUGUUUCAAGAUAUUGCUUCCCUCAGCUCACAUGCAGCUGAACAAAAUCACGCAAGUGUAAAGAAUUCUUGUUGGAUAUGUGGGUUGUGUGGUUCAGCUUUCUUGGAGGAAAAUCAGUUGACUGAACAUAUGAUGACACAUGAACUGCAUUCUGGAGGUCAGUUGAUACCUCCCGAUUUCUUUAGAUAUAAUUCUGGACAAAAUGUGGUUAUAUCUGGCAAACAUUAAAAAGAGCAUUUUGAUAUUGGUUCAGUCAGUGCUUAGUCCAGUAACAGUUCCAAAUUCAAAGGCUCAAAUUCAGAUCAUAAAAAAUAGGGGGAUGAAAUGAAUAUUUUCAGUCAACUCCAGUAGGCCUUAUGAUUAGCAAAGCUUAAUAAAAUUACAUAAACUAUCUCCCUCCCUCAUAAUUAAUGAAACUGUUGAGAGCCUCUGUCUUAUUAAUCAAUCAAAUGCAAAUUUUAUGCCAUCAAACCUCAGCACUGGACCCACAAAUGUCAUACAGUAUGUGACAAUCAAAACACUGGAGAGAAAGAACUAGAUGCCAAAAUGUAUACUUUCUUAGUGCAUCAGCAAUGAUUGAGAAUCUUAUUUGACAGUAAUGGCAUGCAUCCCAUCAACUACUGGUGCAGCUCCUAAAUUAAACAUAGCAGCUAGACAAGUUUGUCAAGUAUGGUUGUUGAUGCUACUUAACUGAACAUGUAGUCUCUAAAGUAGUUUGUAUAAUAUCUUAUUUCUUGUUCCUGUAGAUCUACACAAGUGACAAUGGCAUUAAUAACAUGGAUGUAUGUAUGACACACUGAAAGGGCUAAAACCGAUGAAAGUUACCCAAAAAAAAGAUAUUGUAAUUUAUUAAAUGUUCACAGAACACAAUGUCUGUCUAUGCAUGUGCACACAACGUAUGGGCAACUACUUGCCUCCAAUGAAUAAAAUGAGGGUAUACAAAAUUCUUUUAAAACAUUUAAUUUUCAUAUUAGUCUAAAAUAAUGUAGUUACAGAUUACAAAUUCCCUUGAAGAGUGAUGCAUAUAUAAAGAAAUACAUGAAUGCCCUUACAAUAAUUACAGCAUAUAAAUUUGCAGUAUAUCAGAGUAAUAAAAUUUGUAUACAAAAUUAUCUUUUUUUUUUUUUUUUGCUUAUUAAUAUUCAGUAUGGAAUAAUCAUAUUUAACCUAUUGGCUAUCCAAGUACAGUGGACCCCUGCAUAACUAUCACCUCCCAAUGCGACCAAUUAUGUAAGUGUAUUUAUGUAAGUGCAUCUGUACAUGUAUGUUUGGGGGUCUGAAAUGGACUAAUCUACUUCACAAUAUUCCUUAUGGGAACAAAUUCAGUCAGCAC